AUGGCGCUCUUCAAGUUGACAUCCAAGCAAAAGCUGAUCGCUGUUAUAUGCAUCUCCUUUCUCUUCUUUGUUGCAGAGAUUGCAGUUGCAUUCUAUACAAGGUCCCUCGCCUUGUUAGCAGACGCAUUCCACUAUCUGAAUGAUCUCAUUGGCUUUAUCAUUGCCCUGACAGCCAUCUUAGUUUCGGAGAAAGCCAAGUCUCCUCAAAACUUCUCUUUUGGCUGGGCACGUGCUCAACUUCUUGGUGCAUUUUUCAAUGGUGUAUUCCUCUUGGCUCUCGGCUUGUCAAUCUUUCUGCAAUCUAUUGAGAGAUUCAUAUCAAUUCAACCCGUUGAUAACCCCAAGCUUGUACUCAUCAUCGGUUCUGUUGGUUUAACUCUUAAUAUCCUAAGCGCAACCUUGCUCCACGAACACCAUGGUCAUGAUCAUGGCGGACAUAGCCAUGGGCAGGAUCACUCCCACACCGAGGGUCAUUCCCACGACCAUGGGGAGGAACAUGGACAUAGCCACGGCCCCGUUAAUGUCGAGGCUGCUUCUCCUAGGGAACGAUCCAUGGAAAACAUCGCCCUGACUCCUCUCAGUGCUCAUGCAGAGCAUCGGCAUACCAUCAUCAAACUACAGGCACCAGGUCGCGAUCUCGGUAUCAUGGGCGUACUCAUACACGUCAUCAGCGAUGCGCUCAACAAUGUUGCCGUUAUUAUUGCAGCCCUUGUCAUCUGGUUAACAGAUUCGCCAAAACGCUUUUACGUCGACCCGGGUGUGUCAACGGCUAUUUCCAUUCUCAUCCUGCUGUCUUCGAUCCCACUGGUUAAGAACAGUGGCAAGAUACUCAUGCAAAGCGCGCCCCUUGGUGUUGAUCUUGAUGAUGUCAAGCAUGACUUAGAGAAGAUUCCUGGUAUUGAAUCCGUUCACGAAUUACAUAUAUGGCGACUCGAUCAGAAGAAGGCUAUUGCUUCGGCUCACGUUGUGGUUUCUGGCAACGAUAUGACAGAUUUCAUGGAUCAGGCAAAAACAGUCAAGGAAUGCCUGCACGCUUAUGGAAUACACUCUGCGACAUUACAGCCCGAGCUUGCACGCUCAGCUGCCGCAUCAGUCCAGAACACCCGUAAUGUUAGUAGCAGUAGCAGUGUUAGGAGCGGGCAGACGGGCAGAAGUGGCGCCGGCUCUACGCAUGCAGCUGCGUCGCUUAGAAGACGGCGCACUGAUGGGUCCGGAUGCCAGAUUGUCUGCGGCAAUCUAUGCGAGAGCCUCACAUGCUGUAAUACAGCAGGCCCUCUGCGCAUCUAA